AUGUGGAAUUAUAUUGAACUUCUGACAAACGAUGACACAGGAAGUGGACGACUGAACAUAGGUUCGAGACAUGAAUGUGGAACUGCCCUGUACCAAGAGAAUACGCUAGUUAAAAUAACUUCCUCUGAAAAGGUCUUGUGUAAUCCAAAACUAUAUGCAUGCAACUCAAGUGAUGGCUGUAUUAUUGUGGCUGACAGAUCAGUGGCACUUCUUGAUAGCAUUUGCCAGUCCUUUCAGAUGCACAUCCAGUUUGAUACUGAAGUGGAUGUGGUUGGGUUGCGUCAAAAAGGGCAGUUUCUUGUAGUCGGUGAGAGAAGUGGUAACCUACAUCUUAUUCAUGUACCAUCAAAGCAAACUUUGCUAACUAAUGUUUUUGUUCAGAAAUCUGCAAAUGAAAAGACUUAUCUAAACCUUAUUAUAGAAAAAGAUAAUGCAGAUGGAGGAAUCUAUCAUAUAUUCAUUCUCACAAGCAAUGGAUUCUUUUGAAUAAUGUGCCUCACACUUGCAAAAAUUCAGGAAGCAAUUGACAAGAUGGACAUGAUUACAGCAAAGAAGUUACAAGGAAUGAUCAAGACUGCUUAUAUUUCUACAAAGGAUUAUCACACCCUUGGUUGUCUGAAUUUUGUGAUUGGCGACUCGAUGAACAACAUCCUGCUGAUAAUUGGGGGUCAAGGUGACUGUGUGCUCUCCAAAUGGGAGGUGGAUCCUAGUAAAAAUCUGGUGUCUGUUCAAAGUUUUGCUGAUUCAAGUUUGAUUAAAGAUGCAGUGCAAUUUCAGGUCAUAGACAACUUGUUUGUCUUGGAUAAGGAAAACAUUUUGAGCAUGUGGGAUGUUUAUUCUCUUACCUUGAUUUGGGAUUGGCCUUUAGUUCAUAUUGAAGAAUUUCUUCUAACUACAGAAUCAGAUUCUUCUUCAGUCAUAAGACAAGGGGUUGCUAGCCUUAAACUAAUAAACUUGACAGUACCUGUUAAUAAACAGAUGAGAAACCUCACGGUUUUUUCACUGCCUGCAAUGCACCUGCUCUAUUCUUUAGAAGUAUCUGUUGUUUCUUCACUCGUUCAAAGUGGAAUCAGCACAGAUACAAUAUAUUUUUUGGAAGGAAUUAAUGAAAAUCACCAAAAGUCCCCUGAAGGCCCGGUGUCUGUUUUAGUAUUGAGAAGUUUAACAGAAGCCUUGCCAGAAAACAGAUUAAGACGCUUACUUCACAAACACAAGUUUACUGAAGCUGAGAAUUUUGCGAUUCAGUUUGGACUGGAUGUUGAGCUUGUUUACAAAGUAAAAGCAAGUGCUAUUUUAGAGAAAUUGGCUUCAUCUUCCAUUGGGAGUUAUGGUCAAACAGUUUGGUUAGACCUUGUGGAUGAAGCUAAAGAAAAUCUGCAUGAAACACAGGAUAACCAUUUUGUAGUGGAUUACUGUAUAAAUGCUCCAUGGCCAACGUAUGAAACAACUCAGUAAAUGUUAAACUACGCUAAAAUCAGAAUCUUGAAGAGAGAUGAACAAAUGAUUGCUUCCUUAUCUGAUGGGGUUCAAGUUUCCAUAACAGAAGUACUGAGAGCUCAAGCAAGGCUAACUACUUUCUAUGGAGUCUUUGGACCAGAGAAAUUCAGUGGAAUUGCUUGGAAUGAAUUCUUGAAUAAUGAAGAUAUUUUCAAGAACAUCCUUUUUCAACUACAAGAAGGCAAUCUCCCUUGUGUGCAAUACCUCUGGCUUAGGCAUCAGGCAGAUUUUGAAAGCAGCUUUGAUGUGAAAAUGCUGGAGGACCUGCUUAACACAAUCUGUGCCACCAUUCCUGUAAAAGAACUGUCUGUGUGGUUUAAAAAUGUUGUGAUUCCCUUUGUAAGGAGGGUUGUGCCAAAAGGACAGAAAAUAUUAGCAAAAUAGCUGGAACAAGGAGCUCGAAAUCUUGAAUUAACUGAUAAGGCAAAUUGGCCAGAAAAUGGACCAGAGGUGUUUUUUACAAGUAAAAAUCCAGGUGUACUGGGACUGGCAUCUUCCUGGCAUUGGAUUCCCUUGAAGUGUGAUGAUUGCGAAGAGGUCCACCGGUUAAAGCAGCUUGUAAAUUAUUUACAAGAGUUGGUGGAGAUCCGCAAAAAAUACAGUUGCAAACUAGCGCUCUGGGAUUUUGAAAAGGAGAAUGCAAGUACAAUAGUAUUCCGCAUGUUUGAUAAACUUUUGGCACCAGAGCUCAUUCCAUCCAUUUUGGAGAAGUUUAUAAAGCCAUAUAUACAUGAACAUAAUCUACAACAGGAUGAACUUCUCUUGCAGUAUAUAAAGGACUUGCUAGAACGCUGUCGUAUACGAUCUACAUCAGUGUUUGAAACUGCAUGGGAGGCAAAGGCAAUAGCUGUCAUUGGCUGCAUAUCUGAUACAGAUCUGGUAUUUGAUGCAGUACUGCAGAUAAUGCAUGGUGCUGUGGUGCCUUGGAGUACAGCUGUGGAGCAGCUGGUGAAGCAGCAUUUGGAAAUGAAACAUGUCAAAGUGAAGUUAUUGCAGGACAGCUUCAGACUAAUGGAGAUGAAGACGCUUUUACGGGGCUACGGAAUAAGAGAUAAUAAUCUUUUAAAGGACAAACAGAUGAUAAUGAGACUGGUGAAAUACAUACUUUUAUAA